UCAUAAGGACGCGUGCCAGCCCCAGAGCUCGGUGAAGGCUUCUGUACGAGGACGGGUCGUGUGGGCUUUCCCUCCAUCGUUGGAUACUGUGCGCCGAGGACCAUGGUCUGCUGAGAAUCCGGAGGAACUCACAGGGGGCACGAGUAACACUCCGUUGACUGCACAGCCGGGGGGAGCAGCAGAAGCAGGCCGUGCCGAAGGAAGGAAGCGGGGGGACGGUUUUAAGCACAGCAACGGGACAGCUGUGGUAGGGCAAAAAUGGAGAACGCCCAUGCCAAGACUGGAGAGGAGUGCCUGGCCUACUUUGGGGUGAGCGAGCACACAGGCCUCUCUCCGGAGCAGGUGAAGAGGCAUCUGGAAAAAUACGGAUACAAUGAACUCCCAGCUGAAGAAGGCAAGACCAUUUGGGAACUGGUGGUAGAACAGUUUGAAGACUUGCUUGUGCGAAUCCUCCUGCUUGCGGCCUGCAUCUCCUUUGUGCUGGCCUGGUUUGAGGAAGGCGAGGAGACCGUCACGGCUUUUGUGGAACCAUUUGUCAUCUUGCUGAUCCUCAUCGCCAAUGCCAUCGUUGGAGUAUGGCAGGAGAGGAAUGCUGAGAAUGCCAUUGAGGCGCUAAAGGAGUAUGAGCCUGAGAUGGGCAAGGUGUAUCGGUCGGACAGGAAGGCUGUGCAGAGAAUAAAAGCCAGGGAAAUGGUUCCCGGUGACAUUGCAGAGGUGGCAGUUGGUGACAAAGUGCCCCCUGGCGAGUCUGUCUCCGUGAUCAAACACACCGAUCCCGUCCCAGACCCCCGUGCUGUGAACCAGGACAAGAAGAACAUGCUGUUCUCAGUGAGUGUGCCCUGGAACUUCCUCCCCAUUAACAUCAAACAAGGCUUAAGAUCCAGUGUUGUCCACACAGGCUCAAAUGAUACAUUCCCCAGGGGGGCUGCGAACUCCCAGGGGCUGUUGGCUUGCAUUCCCUUGAUAGAUAAGCUGGAGCGGUUGCACAUGACAGAGGAAAAGAGAGGGGGAGGCCUUCCCGCUGUCAUCACAACCUGCUUAGCCCUGGGCACCCGCCGUAUGGCCAAGAAGAACGCCAUUGUCAGAAGCCUGCCCUCUGUGGAGACCCUGGGCUGCACCUCUGUCAUCUGCUCCGACAAGACCGGCACCCUCACCACCAACCAGAUGUCCGUCUGCAAGAUGUUCGUCAUUGAUAAAGUGGAUGGCGACAUCUGCUCUCUGAAUGAGUUCUCAAUCACCGGCUCCACCUAUGCCCCUGAGGGAGAAGUCCUGAAGAAUGAUAAGAAAGUGAACACUGGAAAUUACGAUGGUCUCGUUGAGCUUGCUACCAUCUGUGCCCUCUGUAACGACUCCUCUCUGGAUUUCAACGAGUCCAAAGGUGUUUAUGAGAAGGUGGGUGAGGCCACUGAGGUCGCCUUGACGUGUCUGGUUGAGAAGAUGAACGUCUUCAACACAGAUGUACGGACCCUCUCCAAGGUGGACCGAGCCAAUGCUUGCAACGCCGUGAUCAAACAACUCAUGAAGAAGGAAUUCACCAUGGAGUUUUCCCGCGACAGGAAGUCCAUGUCCGUUUACUGCUCCCCAGCCAAAGCCUCUCGGGCUGCCGUUGGCAACAAGAUGUUUAUUAAGGGUGCCCCUGAGGGUGUGAUUGACCGUUGCAACUAUGUCCGUGUGGGAACUACCCGCGUCCCACUAACCCCCAUUGUCAAGGACCACAUCAAUCAAGUCAUCAAGGAGUGGGGCACAGGACGGGACACGCUCCGUUGUUUGGCUCUGGCUACACGUGACACCCCCCCAAAGAGGGAAGACAUGAUUCUUGAGGACGCCACCAAGUUUGCUGAAUAUGAGACGGACCUGACCUUUGUGGGCUGCGUAGGCAUGUUGGACCCACCCCGUAAAGAGGUCAUGGGCUCCAUCCAGCUGUGCCGUGAAGCUGGCAUCCGCGUCAUCAUGAUCACCGGAGACAACAAAGGCACAGCCAUUGCCAUCUGCCGCCGUAUUGGCAUCUUCACCGAGACUGAGGAGGUUACUGGCAGAGCCUACACCGGCCGUGAAUUUGACGACUUGCCCCUGGCCGAGCAACGGGAGGCCUGCAAGAGAGCCUGCUGCUUUGCUCGCGUUGAACCCUCCCACAAGUCAAAGAUUGUGGAGUUCCUGCAGAGUUUCGAUGAGAUCACAGCCAUGACCGGUGAUGGUGUGAAUGACGCCCCAGCCCUCAAGAAGGCUGAGAUUGGUAUUGCCAUGGGCUCCGGCACUGCUGUGGCCAAAAGCGCCUCAGAAAUGGUGCUGGCAGAUGACAACUUCUCCACCAUCGUGGCCGCCGUUGAAGAGGGCCGUGCCAUCUACAACAACAUGAAACAGUUUAUCCGCUACCUCAUCUCCUCCAACGUGGGUGAGGUUGUCUGUAUCUUCCUCACAGCUGCUCUGGGUCUCCCUGAAGCCUUGAUCCCCGUGCAACUGCUGUGGGUGAACUUGGUGACUGAUGGGCUCCCAGCCACCGCCUUGGGCUUCAACCCCCCUGACUUGGACAUCAUGAACAAGCCCCCUCGCAGCCCCAAGGAGCCUCUGAUCAGUGGCUGGCUCUUCUUCCGCUAUCUUGCCAUUGGAGGAUACGUGGGAGCUGCCACCGUUGGUGCUGCCGCUUGGUGGUUUAUGUACGCUGAUGAUGGACCUGGCGUGACCUAUCACCAGUUGUCACAUUUCAUGCAAUGCACAGAAGAUAAUCCUGACUUUGAAGGCUUGGAGUGUGAAAUCUUUGAGUCUCCCGUCCCAAUGACCAUGGCUUUGUCCGUGCUGGUCACCAUUGAGAUGUGCAAUGCCCUCAACAGUCUAUCAGAAAACCAGUCCUUGGUCCGGAUGCCCCCCUGGGUGAAUUUCUGGCUUCUGGGAUCCAUCUGUCUCUCCAUGUCUCUGCAUUUCUUCAUCCUCUAUGUUGAUCCCAUGCCUAUGAUCUUCAAACUGACACACUUGGGUUUCCAUCACUGGAUGGUGGUGCUGAAGAUAUCCUUGCCUGUCAUCCUUCUGGAUGAAAUCCUCAAAUUCGUUGCCCGGAACUAUCUGGAACGGGAUUUAGAAGAAAGGAUGAGGAAGUGAACUUUUCAGUCGCCACAGAAAUAACCUCUUCAUCAUCCCCAACAGUGAAGAUCUCUCCCUCACCCCCCUCUGCCACGUCUGCUGCUCCCUCUUCUGCUUCUGUACCUCUCCUUUAUUUAAUAGCCACUCCCUUCCCCGCACACCCUCUGUAACUCCUUUAUGGGGGACUUACCAGUGUGGGCCAUAACGCCGGCAUUUGCCAUGCCGUGUUCCCU